UUGGCAAACAUGAACUGACGGGGCACAAAGUUGCAGUGAAGAUUUUGAAUAGACAGAAAAUCCGUAGUCUUGACGUUGUGGGGAAAAUCCGUAGAGAGAUUCAGAACCUGAAACUUUUUCGGCAUCCACAUAUAAUUAAACUAUAUCAGGUUAUCAGUACACCGUCUGACAUUUUUAUGGUGAUGGAAUACGUUUCAGGAGGAGAACUGUUUGAUUAUAUCUGUAAAAAUGGAAAGGUCUCUCAAAUAUGAUGUCAGAUGGAGAAUUUUUAAGAACGAGCUGUGGUUCUCCUAACUACGCUGCUCCAGAAGUAAUUUCAGGAAGGUUAUAUGCAGGGCCAGAAGUAGAUAUCUGGAGCAGUGGUGUUAUUCUCUAUGCUUUAUUAUGUGGAACUCUUCCCUUUGAUGAUGAUCAUGUGCCAACACUUUUUAAGAAGAUAUGUGACGGUAUCUUUUAUACGCCUCAGUACUUAAAUUCAGCAGUAAUUAGUCUCUUGAAACACAUGCUACAGGUGGAUCCUAUGAAGAGAGCAACGGUGAAAGAUAUAAGGGAACAUGAGUGGUUUAAACAAGAUCUCCCCAAGUACCUCUUUCCUGAAGAUCCUUCUUACAGUUCAACUCUGAUUGAUGAUGAAGCCUUAAGAGAAGUCUGUGAUAAGUUUGAAUGUACAGAGGAGGAAGUGCUAAGCUGCUUAUAUAAUCGCAAUCAUCAGGAUCCGCUAGCGGUUGCCUAUCACCUCAUUAUAGAUAAUAGAAGAAUAAUGAAUGAAGCGAAAGACUUCUACUUAGCUACAAGCCCACCAGAUUCCUUUCUUGAUGACCAUUUUUCCCGACCUCACCCUGAAAGAGUGCCGUUUUUAGUUGCUGAAGUACCAAGGUCACGCCAUACACUCGAUGAGCUAAAUCCACAAAAGUCCAAACAUCAGGGGGUCAGAAGAGCUAAAUGGCAUUUAGGAAUCCGGAGUCAGAGUCGGCCAAAUGAUAUAAUGGCGGAAGUCUGUCGGGCAAUCAAGCAGUUGGAUUAUGAAUGGAAGGUUGUAAAUCCAUACUACUUGCGCGUUCGGAGAAAGAAUGCAGUAACAGGCACAUAUUCCAAAAUGAGCCUGCAGCUGUACCAGGUGGAUAGCAGGACUUAUCUACUGGACUUCCGUAGCAUUGAUGAUGAAAUUACCGAAGGAAAAUCAGGGACGACCACUCCCCAGAGGUCAGGCUCUCUGACUAGUUAUAGAUCUGGUCAGAAGGACUCAGACCCUGAUAUUCAAGCAAAACCAUCUGAUGCAUCUCUUACCUCUUCAGUGACCUCUUCACUUGACUCUUCUACAAGCGAAUCAACCCCAAGAUCAGGGAGCCACACGAUAGAAUUUUUUGAAAUGUGUGCAAAUCUUAUUAAAAUUCUUGCACAAUGAUUUAUAAGGUUGGCUUUUUUUUACAGCAAUAAGCAUGCCGGAAAAAAAGGAAAAAAAAAUCAUAGUCAAAUGCUUCCAAUUAUAAUCAAGUUACAGUUAAACUUUGGCACUGAGAAGACUAGCUACAUUGCAAUUUGCACAGGAAUCGAACUUGCAUUUAGAAGCAGUCUACACUUCAUACUGCAUCCUUCCCAAACCAGACGUCCUCCAGAUGUGUUUGCCAUUCUGUCCGCAGAUUAGGAAGGGCACAUCUGGAGGUUUCCAGGUCAGGGAAGAUUAUCUUUAAUGUACCGAAGCAAAUUAUGAUUCAAUAGUCUACCUGUAUGAUGUGCAGGUACAACAACAGUAUGUUUUACAUUGUGUAUCAUUAGGGCUUCACGGAGUUUGACCUUUAUAUGCUGAUAAUUUAUUCCUUUUACAGUACAUGUGCUCAUUUAUGAGAUCAAAAGGUAACUUUUGGACACCGUCUUUGCUUGUAUUCUGUUGUGUCAACAAAAGUGUUCCCCUUUCAAACAGCACUUCAGCCAUCUGGCACCUACCCUAAGUUUUCACCAGCCAGUGGUGCACUUGAGUGGAAAAGACAAAAAAAAAAAAUGGUACUCUGCUUUGACCAAUUUGGACUUUGUCCUGAAAAUGAUAAUAACAAAUGUAGCAAUGUUCAGUUUAAUUCAAGGAAGAGAAAGGCAGGGUCUGAAACUACGUUGCAUGGGUUUUCUCCAACAUUUGUUACAUGUGACACGUUUCGGAAGCACUUUGUAAAAUGGGGAGGUGAAUGGUGUUUGAGUGUUCCUUGGAAGGCAAUCAGAAUUUAUAGUACGAAUGCACAACUUCCGACCAUGGACCUAAGCAGGUGACCUUAGGAAGGAUCCAUGAGAUAGGGGUAUUCCCCCCCCCUCCGCAGCACAACUGAUCUGUGAGAAUGAUACUCUGCUUGACCCAGAUUGCAACUCUGCAGGUUUUCUGACCCAUGUUGGGUGCGUGGAAGCAGUUUUUUGCAGCCACAACAGGAUAUGGAUUCUGUGCCUGAAUCUAAACCCAAUGGUCUCAUGGCUGAUAGGAUAGCCCAGACUGGUAUAUCCAGUUCUUGGAAUCACAUCCUGCCCUGCCCUGGGAUUUCAGUGGCUCAUGUUUUCAUAUAGCUUUCAUACAGAUCUCUAGCAGACCACCCUUCUAAUAAGAGUGAUCUGGAUUUUGCCUGUGUUGCAUAAUCACUUUUUUAUACUGCUUUUAUAAUAUACCGAAUUAAAAUUUCUAAAAGUUUUGAAAGAUGAAGUAACUUUGGUUUUGUUUUGAUAUGUAUAGAACUUAAUUGGUUAGGUCAGAAAUGAGUCAGCUGCCACAAAUUAAAUUUUCUUAUUGAAAAAACUGCUAGAGAGAAUCUUCCCCCGUCUCUAACUGUGAAAAAUAUUGGGUUUUUUUAA